AUGACUUUCGGCGCGACUCAGAUCCUAGCAUUCUUGAAGAUGCGCAAGACCAAACCGACCAGACGACCAACCGAAACCCUCACCACCACCACACCUUCCGAAAACCCCAAAGUCCCGGAAACCCAACAAAACUUCGUACGUGUCUACCCUUCCUCAGCACCACCCCGCCGGCUCCUCCAGGUUCCGGGAAAGACUCAGCUUGGAUAUGACGGCUCCGAAGAACUCUGCUGA